CUAGCACGCAGUCAGCCAGCGAGGCUUAACGUAACUCAACAUUAGCCUCGGAUACCCCCAAGUUCUGCCAGGUUCUGCCAACCUCCUUUCGGACGAGUUCUGCCGUGGAGCUCGCACAACCAGUUUUGCCAAAUAGAUUUGCAGAACUCUCGGGUUCUGCCAACAACGCCCAUCAUCACUCCGAUAAUGGCCCAGAAUAUAAACGAAGUACGUACUCAGGAGUCUCAGCCAAACGAUAGAACUCCGUCCUGGUAAAAGGCAGUACAUUUAUAACGGUAAUUAUCGCAAGAUUGUCUCUGCUGUUCAAUCUGUGCAUCAUGUCGAACAAAUUGGUCCUCCCUACUCUCGAUGACCUCAGAAGCUCAGUUACUCCUGAUGUCAAUGUUCAAGCGGUGGCGAGUCAAUGGUGCUCAGCUUUCGCGGAAGCGAUGCAGUCAAAGAAUGUAACAUCAGUCAUAGAUCUCCUUGUCGAUGAUGUCUUCUGGCGCGAUAUACUCGCCUUAACAUGGGACUUCCACACCUUCCAAAGUGCCCCUUCCGUUAAGAAAUUCCUCACAGACCAACUCCCGCUAUUUACCUUGUCUUCCUUCAAACUCAGGAAAGGUCUGGUAGAGCUUCAGAGACCAUACCCUGAUAUCGCGUGGAUUCAAGCGUUUUUUGACUUUGAAACUACAGUCGGCAUUGCAUCUGGGGUGUUCCGGCUGGUACCCCUCGCGGAUGGCUCAUGGAAGGCCCAUACCGUCUUCACGAACUUGGAAAAUCUCAAAGGUUUCCCAGAACAGAAUGGGCAUAGACGAGACUACCAGUCAAACCAUGGAAAGUGGGCCGCGAAACGUGCGCGUGAGAUCGAAUGUGUUGACGAGGAGCCCAGCGUCGUGGUAAUAGGGGGCGGGCAGAGUGGGCUCGAGGUUGCAGCGCGGCUUAAGAUGCUUGGCAUGAAGACUCUGAUACUAGAAAAGGACGAGAGAAUUGGUGAUAAUUGGAGGAAGCGCUAUGCAGCGCUGUGUCUCCAUGAUCCCGUCUGGUAUGACCACAUGCCAUACAUUCCGUUCCCUGCCUCGUGGCCUGUCUACACGCCUGCAUUGAAACUCGCAGAUUGGCUGGAAUCAUAUGCACACAGUAUGGAACUCGAUGUUUGGACCAGCGCUACGGCCAUGUCUGUCGUUCCAGGCACGAAGGGAAAGAAAUGGACUGUGACAGUCCAACGUGCUGACAAAGAGGAGCGUACCUUCGAGGUCAAUCAUGUCGUAUUCGCCUUAGGCAGUGGUAUGGGCCAAAUUCCAGAUAUCCCAGGGCAGGAUGACUUCAAGGGGCAGAUAUUACAUUCCAGCAAACACAAUCUCGCAACUGAUCACGCAGGGAAAAAGAUUGUCGUUGUCGGGGCUUGCACGUCUAGCGCAUGACAUAUGUGCGGACUACGUUGAAAAUGGCGUUGGUAAAUGAUUUUUAAAGUACAUCGAUGGCGUUCAAACAAUGAUGGUGCAGAUGUGACCAUGGUUCAACGCAGCCCGAGUUACAUCAUGACCACAAAGGAGGGCAUGCCGAGGUUCAUGACGAUUUUCUGGGAGGGCGGCCCUCCCACUGAUAUUGCGGAUCGCGUGAAUGCAUCUUACCCGUAUUUGCUUCUCA